AUGGCGUCGACAACGAAUUUCCGACUGAAACUGGCAAUGGGCACGUUCGUCCUCCUAUCAGUCGCGUUAUCAAUGACAACAGCUUCCGUAACCAACGGUGCGUCUUCACCGUCCAAUAGAUCGAUUCACUCCGCUGGACAACACGCGGAUACCAAGUGUCAAGAUGGGCUAUUACUGCCGGUCUGGCAGCCGGAGGACAAUCUGACCACCGGUGACCGCAUUGCGCGCGGUCUCGUGUACUUCUUCUCACUGCUGUACCUAUUCAUCGGUGUGUCGAUCGUGAGCGAUCGUUUUAUGGCCGCUAUUGAAGUUAUAACCUCGAAGGAAAAGGAGGUCCGCGUGAAGAAACCGGGCGGCGAAGAGCAGAUCGUCGUCGUCCGCGUUUGGAACGAAACGGUCGCCAACCUGACGUUGAUGGCGCUCGGGUCCAGCGCGCCGGAGAUUCUGUUGUCGAUCAUCGAAAUCGUGGCGAAAAAUUUCAAAGCCGGUGAUCUGGGUCCCGGCACGAUCGUCGGUUCGGCCGCCUACAAUCUCUUCGUUAUCAUGGCAAUUUGCGUUCUGGUUAUACCGGAUGGGGAGGUGCGCAAGAUCAAGCAUCUGCGUGUGUUUUUCGUCACCGCCACCUGGUCGGUGUUUGCGUACAUCUGGCUCUAUCUGAUCCUCGCGCAGAUCACGCCCGGCCGCGUCGACAUGUGGGAGGGCUUCCUUACCUUCCUGUUCUUCCCGGCGACGGUGGUGACGGCGUACAUCGCCGACCGGCGCCUGCUGGUGUACAAGUACAUCAGCAAGCAGUACCGCAUGAACAAGCGGGGCGUGAUCGUGCAGGUCGAGGCGGAGUCGGCACUCGAGAUGGAUAAUCGGGACGACCGAUUGAAUACUAUCGAUGAGAACGGCGGCGUCACCGAGGAGGUGCGCGAUUUCGAGGAGAGUCGCCGCGAGUACAUCUCCACGCUGCGCGACCUGCGCAAGAAGUAUCCCCAGCACGACCUCGAGCAGCUCGAGAUCAUGGCGCAGGAGCAGCUGAUGAACAAGGGACCCAAAUCACGCGCCUUCUACCGCGUCCAGGCCACGCGCAAGAUGAUGGGUAGUGGUAACAUUAUGAGAAAAAUCUCCGAGCGAGCCCAGUCCGAUCUGAGCGAGGUGAAGGCGGAACUGCAGCGCGUCGACGUCGAGGAAACGAUCGCGGAGGACGCCGCCUGUCGGGUGUUCUUCGAGCCGGGCCACUACACGGUGAUGGAGUCGGUCGGCGAGUUCGAGGUGCGCGUCGUGCGCCGCGGCGACCUGGGAUGCUCGGUGACGGUCGACUUCGAGACGGAGGACGGGUCGGCCGAGGCCGGCUCGGACUACAUCGGCAAGAAGGGCACGCUCACGUUCCUGCCCGGCGUGGCCGAGCAGCGCUUCCAGAUCCAGGUGAUCGACGACGACGUGUUCGAGCAGGACGAGCACUUCUACAUCAAGCUGAGCAAUCCGUCGGAACCGGCGUGCCUCGCCACGCCCAAGAUUGCCACCGUCAUGAUCCUGGACGACGAUCACAGCGGUAUCUUUGCGCUCACGAGCAAAGAUCACGAGCUGGUCGAAUCGGUCGGCACGUACGAGCUGAAGGUGCAGCGGUACAGCGGUGCCCGCGGUAAGGUCCGCGUCCCCUUCUGGACCGAGGACGGCACGGCCAAGGCGGGCAAGGACUACGAGGCCCAGAGUGGCGAGCUAAUCUUCGAGAACAACGAAAUCAUAAAAAUAGUGCAACUCGGCAUCAUUGAAGAGGGAAGCUACGAAAAGGAUGUGCUGUUCUACUUCAACCUUGGCGAACCGCAACAAAUCGGAGAUGACGACGUGACAGGUAUCAUUGAGGCGGCGGAAGGCAAAGCACCCGAAGACCUGACGGAAGAGGACAAAAUGGCGCUGCUCGGACGGCCAAAGGCAGGCGAUGUAGUUAGGGCACAACUUAGGAUAAAAGAAAGUAAAGAAUUUAAGAACACCGUAGAUAAGUUAGUACAGCGUGCAAAUGCCUCCAUCCUGAUCGGCACCUCUUCCUGGAAGGAACAGUUCAUUGAAGCGAUCACCGUCAGUGCUGGUGACGAUGACGGUGAAAAGGGCGAGGGUGAAGAAGAGCCGACGCCAAGCUGCAUGGACUACAUCAUGCAUUUCAUCACGCUAUUCUGGAAGAUCAUCUUUGCCUUUAUUCCACCAACAGACAUGUCCGGAGGAUAUCUGUGCUUCGUUGUAUCCAUCUUCUGCAUCGGUGUCGUGACGGCCAUCAUCGGGGACGUCGCUUCGCACUUUGGCUGCACGCUCGGCAUCAAGGAUUCGGUCACUGCCAUCAUCUUCGUCGCGCUGGGAACGAGUAUACCAGAUACGUUCGCCAGUAAGGUCGCUGCCAUCCAGGACAAGUACGCCGAUGCCAGUGUUGGCAACGUGACGGGCAGCAAUGCGGUCAACGUGUUUCUCGGUAUCGGAGUCGCCUGGACGAUUGCCGCCUGCUACCACAGCUACCAUGGCCGAUCGUUCGAUGUCGAGCCGGGAACGUUGGCCUUCUCCGUGACGCUGUUCUGCUCGGAAGCGCUGAUCGCUAUCCUGGUGCUGAUGCUCCGGCGAAGCAAGCGCAUCGGCGGAGAGCUCGGUGGUCCCAAGAAGAUCAAGAUCGUUACCUCUAUUUUCCUCUUCUCCCUUUGGAUCGUGUACCUGCUGAUCAGCAGCUUGGAAGCGUACGGCAUCAUCAAGGGUUUCUAAGCAGCGUGACCCAAAACCAGAGCGAACGCAAGAAGGACGGACACGGUCCGCGAGACAUUGCUAACGAGAGACGCAGACACGGAAAUCGACACACCAAACCCUCUCGCAGCAAAGUUCAGGCCCCAUCUACAUCGUCGUCGAACGUUUCCGGAAUCAAUCGGACUAUCGGAGUUCCGGUGUGCAUUCCGCUUCCCAGCAUGAUUCCUCGCCGCUCACUCGCUGGCCGCAAUUCCGCCAUUGCUGUGCUGCUGUAACUCAAAGAAACAUCCUCGCACAUACUGGGUGGUUGAAAGGGGGAGACCCUUGCCCUUGCGUGGACUCCCGAAGCAACGCUACAGCUGCGCCUCAAUACGUGUUUACUAAAGUAGCUACCUAUCAAAUGAACGUGCACCGCGUCCUACGACACGUCCGGGCUAUGGCUUUGGUGCCGCACAAGCCGAUGACACUUAAUAACCAAACCAAUUCGCAGUGACAACAGCAACGGGGAAUGCGGGACGACGGCUGGACACAAAAAAAAAACAAACAAAAGAAAUGAAGACAUUUGUUAUAUUAGCGAUAAAUGUUGCACACCGUUCACAACCCACUAACGCUAACCCAGCUCCCAGUGCGGCUGGGUGUAAUUAUUUAACAGAUCAUUUGAUGCCAUUUUACAUUUCCUUCUCGUUUGUCUAGUUAAACAUCUUUUGUUCUACACUCUUUCGUGUAUGCCAUCUGUUGACAGGGGGGGGGGAGGACAAACGCCCACGUAGAAACAGCGUUUAAGAGUUUUAUUUUAUUUGUAAAUGUUAUACACCUAAGCGCAGUGGAGCGAAGAAAGUGAACGCGUAACUUACUAGCGAUAUUAAGGAAAUUAGUGUAAGAGUAAGAGAAAACAAAAAAACAAAUCUAUAGAAACUAUAGAAAAUAGUAGCAUCAGAAGAAGAAGAGAAAGAAAACAGAAGCAAACAAAGUAUAGAAACAACAAAAAAGUAAAAACCGAGCCGUUGUGAGAAAGGAUGACAAACCAAACAGAGGGCAGCGUCAGCAAACCAAACGUGACGCAGGCCGCGGAAUAGAUUAUGUGUAAACUACUACCGAAACUAAAACCAAUCUGCCAAAUUUGUUGAAAUUAGUCGUAUAGGAAGUAAGUAGAUCGACAAAACAAAACGGACAAGCAUGUCAAAUCUAAGAGAGAUAAAAAGGAAAGCGAAACUACAAAUGUGGAUAGUUGAACCGAUAAGUAACGCAAACGGCACGCGAUCCGCGUGUUUCCAUGCGGGUAGCUUCGAUGGAGAGGAUUAAAGUUGUGUAGUUAAGUUUGUUGGUUUUCAUUUUUAUAAGGUCGUUAGAUCCGGAAAGUAAACGUCCCCGGAUCGGGUUAAAGAGAUAAAAAAAACAAGUUGAUAGUUUAUUUAUUGUUACGUCCAUGAGAGCGGGAGCGAGAGGUGCAGUGACAUUGUAAAGCUUAGAACUGGUGGAUGGUGAUGAUAUUGGAAAGCCUGGUUUAAAUAAGCGUGUAUCAAAACUUCCCGUACGAGAUAGUGGCGAGUACGAGGCACAAAGACAAAACUAGGCAACAUGAGAGAUCGUUAAUCGUUAAUGAGCAACGAGAUGCGGCAGAGGAACUCCCAACGCGCCUCGAAAUCAUUCUAGUCAACGAAUGUACAGGUGAGUUCGAAGAAGAGCUUAGUUAGCAGGCAGGGACAAACAAACGGAACGCAAGUCCGCACACCAAAGGCGCGUAAAGAGCGAGCCAAAGAUCGUACGUUUCCUUGCGCCAUUCUUAUGCUUAUGCCUCGGUCGUCGCCCGACGUGCAUUCAUUUUUCGAUGCCCCGAUGUUUUACAAAUAUACAUAGGUGAAAUGCGACGAAGGCGUUGUACGUUGUAUGCGAAAUGAAUUGAUGUGUACAUACGAGUUUGAUAAGUGGUAGUUUUUCUUCAUGUGCACUCACAUCAUCUCCCGUUCCACUGUCGUUAUAUCAAUAGAAAGCAACACCUUCAUUAGAAAUCAGCUACUUCAUUGAUUGACAGAUCAGGCCUCUGAAAUUACCAACGGUUCCCGAACUCCAUUCGAUACAAGUAUUUCCCAUUCUCACCUUCGAUAGUUUAACGGGUUAGCCCCCAUUAUGGGUCCUGCUACUCCGAUGUUCAUCUGGUGCAAAACCAUUAUUUUGGAGUGCAUCCCUCCCCGACUGUCACGUGACAAUCGCUAUCCACCUGAAAUAGUGUUCAGUGUAGGAUCGCUUCAGAAAAAAGGAUCGUCUUUUUUUUCAACAAUGGUAAACCUAACUAAACAGCUCACUCCAAAACGAACCAUUUAGCCAGUAGUGUAGGAAUUACAAAUGUCGGAUUCUGGGCAACGACGACCAAACGUUGAGCGAACGUGAAGAAACCAAUCGAAAGGGCGUUCCGUAAAUCCAACGCGCCAGAGAAACAUAUCGCUGCGGAAACAAAUGGACCAGCAUAACGCAAACACAGCGAACGAUCAAAUGAAUCAAAUCAGUUGAGGACAAGGACCAAACAACAACAACGUAGAUGGUGACGAAUCGGGCCGCUGCAUUACUUUUGGCAAGCCCCAUCUGGGGCACAAUUCGCAAACCGCCGGCGGGCUAAAAUUUUCAAUUCUUUUCGUCGAUCGAUUUCGCUCUUAGUAAUAUUAGGAACUAGAAAAAAAAAGUCAAACUGCCCUUUUUUAUUUUUUAAACGCCUCUAGCUUAAAUUUGUGGGAUAAAAUAAACUUUUAGAAUCAACAGAAAAAGACGCCCGAUUGCGGUUUGUUAAAGGUACUUUUAAUACUCAAAUCGAAUGAUACUAACAUGCAAGUUUGGCGUAAGUGAAAUGAAGUGCAGAAGAUAUCGUUGAAAAUAAAAAUAGUA